AUGUCGGCUUUACGAGAUGAGCAGAUUCAAGAGGCCCAGAGUGCUUUCAACGCCUUGAUCACGCGAGAGAACCUUCAUCCUGAUGAUCACGCGGCGCUCCUCCGCUUCUUGCAGCACAAGAUGUCCAUGAAUCUGAAUACAGACGAAGUUCGCGAUCCUAUCCCUGACCAACUCAACCGCAUCCGACUAGUAUACCAGACAAAAAAGAAUUUACAGAAGAAAUUUGGAGACAGCUUCGUGUUCACCCACCUCCACCAGAUCGGAAUCCUCCUGUUUGGGAGGACAUUCACCCGAAUCGAUUAUCAUGAUUCAAGGGAUAAUCUGGCACUUCUUGAACCAUUGCUUGCGAGAUUUCUCCAGAGAAGUACCGCCAUCCCUCCCGAUGUGAUAUUUCCAAACCCUCCUCCGCCUGGAGCGAAGGAAGCCAGUCGAAACAAGACUGAAAGUAAAGAUGCCCUAGAACGCGACGGAAAACGAUGUCUGGUCACCAAUGCGAUCGAACCUGAUGUCUGCCACAUCAUCCCUUUCGGCUUGAACAGCAACCCCGCGACGGAACCCGGUUGCCGAUUGAUCUACGGGAAAAUGCUUCGACACAUCCUACCUCCGCAAGACGCUAAGGACCUCCUCUUUGAGCUGCUUUUCCCCAACGACGAGGAUGGCGAACCUGUUCUCGCGUCUUCGGACAAAAAAUACAACAUGUUGACCCUAUCUACCCAAGUUCGUCGCUAUUGGAACAAUUGUUUCUUCGCUUUUAAGUGGGUGGGGGUCUUGAAUCCCGGUCUCAAUGAGGAGACACGGACUGUCCAACUAGAAUUUCGAUGGAUGCCUAGAAGCAUUGCCACUGCCUUGGGUGACGAAGGGCUCGACAAGCCCAAGCCGGAAGACGCCCACAAGGGUAACGCCUUUCGUCCGGUCAGAACUGACAUAAUGACACCUGAAAGGAUGUCUGAGAUCAUCAGUGAUUGCAAUAACAGCUCAUCCCUCACAUCAACAGUGCAACCACAGUACCAGCAGCCUACUGGAGAGUACCCGACCCUCGUUGAUCAUGAUUCCUUGCUUCCCAUCAAAUCAGGAUAUAUCAUUAAUGUAGAUGGAGUCAAAACUGAGGAUGUCCCGAAGAUGAAGCUGGCAAUCGAUCUGCAAUACGUGCUUAUUCGGCUCGGCGGGCUGUCUGGAGCUGCCGACGCCAUUGAGUCUCUGGACCCGCGAGUGCCCCCUCAAAGCAGUAUUCUGUACGAUGCUGAUACUGACACUGUAUCGUGGGAGUAUGAAAGCCCCUUUCCGGAACUGGGAGUGCUAGGUGACGAGGGGGGAGAGGAGGAGGGAGAGGAGGAGGGAGGGGAGGAGGGACCCUCCGCUGUGACAUUUACUCUAGCCCGCAGGGAAGGAGCCCAAGAAAACCAAGGCUAG